AUGGAUUAGAGAGGAUAUCUAAUAGAAAACGACAUCUAUGUAUGUCAAAAUCAAAUUAUUCUAUAUAAAUAAUAGGAAUUAAUAUAAUCAUUCAAUCAGGAAAUAAGAGAGUGGAGAUAAAUGAUGAAAAUUUUCGAUUUAUUCUUGAUUGAAUUACAUAAGUAAUAAAAAAAUAUAUAGAAAAUUAAUAGAAUAGUAAAUUCUAAGAGUCAAUUGAAUAAUCCAAUCUAAAUAUUCUCUUAAAUAAGAUUCUAAACUAUUAGAAUUCAAUCCUUGAUAAAUAAAAGUUGGAGAGACUUCUGA